AUGAGGCAUCUCAGCGAACUGUUCCAAAAGGACUUCUUGGCACAAUUGCCAGAGGAGAUUGCUUAUCGUAUCCUUGCCUAUUUGACACCGUGCGAUUUGAUGACUUGUGCUGGCGUUUCGCGGGCGUGGCGGCGGCUUUGUGAAGAUGAUCGGACGUGGCGACAAAAAUGUUUGGAGAGAGGAUAUGUGAAAUUUGAUGCGCCAAGUUUUCGUUUUCUCGGAGGUCGGGCGACGAAUCGAGCAAAUAAGCAAACGGGAAUCACAAUCUGUUCACAUAUGGACGUUCAAGAAGCACAGCAAAAUCGACAAGCACGCGAGAUAGCAUAUGGGGAAUGUUAUGAGCGUUCGCCAUGGAAGUCGCUGUACUUGCGAAAGAAGCGAAUCAUUUCGAAUUGGCGAUCCCGGGCGAUUCAAUCGAGCACUGUUCUGGAGGAUGACUUUAAAUACGCAAUUUCUCUACAAGCUCACCCUGGUCUUAUCAUUACUGGUUCUCAUGAUGAUAAGUUGCGGGUCUGGAAUGUUGAAGAUGCUCAACCGGCUUUUACUCUAACUGGUCAGAAUGGUCAGCCUUCGUCGUAUCAAGUGAGCGAAGAUGGCAAAUACAUUGUCUGUGGCGGGCAGGAUGAGACGGUGCGCAUUUGGUGUGGUCAAACCGGUGCACAGCUUCAUGUUUUGCAGGGACAUACGGAUUGGAUUACAUGCAUGAGUCUACAUGGCACAACUCUUGUUUCUGGGUCGCUUGAUGAAACGCUCCGUGUCUGGGACAUUGUCGACGGGAAAUGCCUUCACAUUUUGGCUGUCGAUGCUAGGAAUUGUGUGCAAUUUGAUGGAGAGCGGGUUGUAUCUAGUGGCGGUGAUUAUAUCGUAAAUGUUUGGAAUGUACACACGGGGGAGUGCUUGCACAUGUUGACGGGUCACACGGAUAUAACCCUUUCACUUUUGUUUGAGUCACAGCGUGAUCUUGUCGUGUCGGGUAGUCGUGACGGGAGGAUUCGCGUCUGGGAUGUGCAAAGAGGAACAUGCAUCACACAUCUUGACUUUCUUCAAGGGUUCAGGUUCGAAGAUUAUCGGAACUUUCGGAUGCAGCUUCGCGGAAACACUUUGGUCUCCUGUUACGACUCGGACAUUUGGGUUUGGGACAUUCGUGAGGGUGGCUCAUGCCUUCACCACUUACAUGGCCGAAAUGGUCAUACGUCGAACAUCACUUCCUUGCAAUUGCUCGACUCCGGACUUUUGGUGACAGGUUCGAUUGAUGGCUCGGUGAAGCUGUGGGAUGUGGACAAAGGUAAAUUUGUUCGUGACCUUAUUCGUCUUCAAUAUCAGAAUUGUAUUCUGGAUCUCAAAGCCACUGAAACAUUGCUUGUCUGCGCGCAACGGAUCGCCAUCGUCCAUCAGAUCACCGGUUUCCUCCUCCGCAACUCCGAGAUCGAUUUUCGGGACUUUCGAAGGCAACAAUUCGUUCUCAACACCGAACUAAUCCCGUUAUUCGUCGACUUUGAUGAUGUUGUCGAGAAGGGGAACGGCGGCGAUGACACAAAAACAGCCACUCAAAUCUAUCGAUCAAUGAUUUACGAGUUUCUCGCCGUUGGAGCAAACGAGACCCAGCUCUCCACCCUUCGUGACCUCGAUCAAGUACACGAGCGUGGCCACCUCUCCGUUCAUCUUCUAGACGAUUUUUUGAGUAAAUUG